AUGCAUCGCCGACCCGUAUGCACCGCUCUUCUUGACUCAAUGCCCUUCUCCUUCCCUUUCCCCCCAUCUCCCACCCACAACCUUCCCCACCUACCGUCUCUCCCCUCUAACUUGGAGUCAAUUGCUGCCAAAGAAGUCAUCAGCCCGCCUCCCUGCUGUUCAGCGCAAGAGAAGACUCUACCCUUGAUAGCAAAUGGAGAGUCCCCUGCCUAUAGAGGUUAUUCUAUAGUCAUGGGUUUGCGCACUGUGCUGUUAAGGGCUUGUUUGCUUGCAUUGGCGAGCGGCGCGUUUGGUUUUUGCUCCUCGCUGGUGGUGGCACACUCAUUGCUUCUGUCUCAUCCAUGCCGCGUGGUUCACCUGCAUGCAUCCUUCCUCUUCCACCCAUCCCCACUCCCCUCACCGCCUUCCCCCAACCUCGCUUCCCCCUUCCCCCCUUCUUCCCCUUGCUCCUCCCCCCUUCCCGCCUUUCCCUUUCUCAACCUCGGCCCCCCUUCCCAUCGGCUUCUCCGCUGCUUGCUCCCCUUGCCCCCGAUCGGUCGGUUACAGGAGCGCGGAGGCGCAGCGCACCUUCCCCGUGCGCACCGCAGACUCCGCCGCGAGGGUGGCGGCAUGCGAAAAGAAAGGUUACCAGCAGCAGCAGCAGCAGCAGCAGCAGCAGCAGCAGCAGCAGCAGCAGCAGCAGCAGCAGCAGCAGCAGCAGCAGCAGCAGCAGCAGCAGCAGCAGCAGCAGCAGCAGCAGCAGCAGCAGCAGCAGCAGCAGCAGCAGCAGCAGCAGCAGCAGCAGCAGCAGCAGCAGCAGCAGCAGCAGCAGCAGCAGCAGCAGCAGCAGCAGCAGCAGCAGCAGCAGCAGCAGCAGCAGCAGCAGCAGCAGCAGCAGAAGCAGCGACAGCGGAGGAACGAGCGAUGAUGUCCGGGUCCCGCCUCGAGCUUCCGCCAGCGCCCCCCCGCGAGGACCCGCCGUCCGCUUGCUGCGCGGGUUUCUUUUGCCCGGCGGGGCUUGCGUGCAUGAUACCUUGCCCCGCAGGGUCGUUUUGCCCGUCGCCUGUGACGCCUCGAGGCUUCUCUUGUACCCCGUACUCCUACCCGCCCGUGCUGCGCUCCACCACGCGCAUGAGCCGCCCGCAGUGCGGGGGAGCGGACCAGUGGGGCGCAGUGCCCGCGCACCCCGUGGGGGGCACCCCCCCCUUGCGCGCCUACAACGUCUCCUCCCUCCCCCUCUCGCCUUCCCCCGCGCCAUCUCUCUCCGCCGCGUCCUCUGCUUCUGCUGUGUCGUCUUCUGUGGCGGCGGCGGCGGCGGCUGCUGCUGCCGCUGCAGCGUCGUCCUACGCGUCGUGGCUGCCUGUGCUGGCGUGCCCCGAGGGGUACUUCUGCCCUGAUGCCGCCACUAUCAAGCCGUGCCCGCCCAGGCACAUCUGUCCAGCUGGCUCUGUUGCCCCAACCCGCGUCACCAUGGGCAGUCAGAUGCAGUCACCGGAUCAGUUCGUCCUCGCCCUCUGUCUCACUAUCUUGACGUUGGUGUUGGCGCUUCUCCUCCCCUCGUGCUUCCUCCUCUCCGUGCGCCCCCUUGAGCGGGCGCGCAGAGCAGCGGCGGAAGCGCGUUCCCCCCAUCGCCUGCUGCCCUCCCCCCGCUUCCACGGCAGGGGGAUGGCGGGCAGGGGCAUGGGGGCCGCGGGGCCCAACCGCUGGGGGGGAAAACGGUGGGGAGAGGGGAGGGGCGGAGGGAGAAUGGGAGCAGGCGGGGAGGUGAGGGGUUCUUGUGACUCUGCUGGGGGUGAGGGGGGAACUGGUUCUGGUGCGGUGGGAGUGGGUGCAGUGUGGUGGCGGCGGGUGGUGGCGCUGGCUGGAGCACCUGUGAGGAGGGUGUGUGGGGCGAAGCUUGCGUUUCUGGGGUGCCGCGUUCACCACGCGUUCGUGGUGAGAGCUCUGCUCUGCCCUACCCUUUCUCUGACCAUCUUCAGCCUCGUGCAGUCUUUACUCUAUGCCCCGCUGUCGCACCCGGAUUUGCUGGAGUCGCGCGCGUCUUCCCGCACCUCCUCCUUCUCCUUCACGGAAUGCCAACCCGCAUGCGCGUCCCUCCACUCUACUCCCCCCGUCCACCGCGCGCACCCCCCGCACUCCGCCCUUCCCGCGCGCGCCAGCCACGCGGGCGCGGGGAAAGCGGACGAGGGGGAACUCGCGGAGGAAGGGGAGCGGCCGUACGUGGGCAUCGCGGGAGGCGGCGGGAAGGGGGGAGGAGAGCGGGGUGCGGAGGUUGCAGUGGUGGUGGGAAUGCAAGGGGGGCUAUUGGGGGACGGCGGAGGGGAGGCGGUGGCGGUGGAUAUGGCAGGAUGCGAGGCGGAAGGGGCGGAAGGGGCGGAAGGGGCGGAAGGGACGGGAAAUUCAGAGGGAAUGAGAGGAGAGACAGGAGUUGCAGCGCCAGUGGGCGGAUUGCCAGCGCUCGUAGACAGUUGCAGGGAAGUGCUAGUAGGGGGCCUAGAGCAGCUGACGAGUCCCAACCCUGUCCUCAUAGGCCCUGGCUUGGGCGCUACUGGGUCGGCAUCGGGUGCUGAUGGGAGUGUGGGUGUGGCGGGUGUGGCGGGUGCGGGUGUGGUGGGUGCAGGUGAUACGGACUCGUUAUUACUGGACCCGUUUGCACCUGCAGUGUCACCUGCUCCUGCCGCCGCUGCCUCUAUUCCCGGCCCUGCCCCUGUCGCUGUCUCUGUCCCUGCGACUGCAGCAGCAGCGGUAGCAGCAGCAGUUGAUCUGUCAGCCCUUGAAGCAGCGGUAUUAUCUCCAUUCCCCCUCCCCACCGCAUCCCCUUUCUCUCCCACCACCCCCCAGACCACCUCUAGUCAGCCUCCCCCCUUCCCCCCACACGCGCUCGCCUCCGCCCCUCCGGCGGUUUCCUUCCCCUCACCCGCGGGGGACAUUCUCGCGCACGGGGCGGAAGGCGGAGUAGGGGGAGAUGCGGGGGAAGGAUCGAGCGGGGCGGAGCGGGACAAGGCGGAGGACGGAGAGCAGGCGGAGGAGGGCUCGUGGGCGCACGGGGGAGGGCUAGGAGCGCACAGCCUCCCCCUGCGCUUCCCCGGAUUAGAGGCGGCGUUCGCGUCCGCGUCUUCCGCGCCGAGCCCGGACGAAUUUCUCCGCCUGGUCGAGUUUCAGAACAACAUGAUGGGGAGCUCCGCGCACGAGGUCCGCGACGGCGGCGGCGGAGCGGCGGGGGAGGGCGCGGGAAGAAGGUACGGCGGCGGAGGCGGGAGGAGAGGCACGGGGAUCGGCGGGUUUGGCGGAGGCGGAGGCGGAGGGGGAGGGGGUGGCGCGGGGACGAGCGGAGGCGGAGGGGAGGAGAAGCGGGCGGUGGGGUGGGACGCGGGGGUAAGCGGAGGGGAGGACGACGCGUGGGAUGGCGCUGGGUUGCGGAAAGGUCGCAGGUGGAAAGGAGGGAGCGCAGGGGGGGAGAAUGAGGAGCGGGGGAGGCGGGUAGCGUGUCUGCAGAGCGCGUAUGCACAGCUGGAGGCGGAGAAGCGGCGGGGCGCCGGGGGAGGCGCGGAGCCGGGGUCUCUAGAAGAGCUGUUUAACGAGGCGGUUAGCUGUGGCGCCAGUGGUCUGCUGCAGGGUCAAAUGAGGCGCAUGCUGCGCGUUGACCUGGUCAACGUCUCCAUUGCCAUGCCCGCCUCCCUGCCCGCUUCCCACCCGCGCUCCCUCUCUUCCCUCUCCUCCUCCGCGUCUGCUCCCUCCGCGUGCCACCCCACCACCGCCGCCCCGCUGGCGGUGACGUGUCUGCAUGCGAAGCUGCACCCGGGGCGAGUGACGUCCGUGCUGGGUCCCACGGCUGGCAGGAGCGCGCUGCUGCAGGUGCUCUCAGGGCAGCAGAGCAGCAGUGUGGUGGUGGGCGGCCACAUAGCAGUGGAGGGCACACCAGCAGCCAUGGCGUCGUACCGCGCGCUCAUAGGCUAUGUGUGCGCGGGCUUGCCCCUGCCCUGCCCGUUCCUCACUGUCGACGAGUACCUCUCCCUGCACGCCCACAUGCGGUAUGCGCUCCCACCCUCUCGCUCCCACCCUCUCGCUCCCACCCUCUCGCUCCCACCCUCUCGCUCCCACCCUCUCGCUCCCUCUCUCAUUUGUCUCCUCCGUCUCUCUCAUGCUCUAACGUUACCUGCAAGCAUGGCGCCGAGUGAGAGGCGGCUGAUCAUAGAGCGAACGCUCAUGGGGCUGGGACUCGACCCCUGCCGCCACUGCCUCCUCGGGCCCCCUCCCCCUCCCGCUUCCACCUCUGCUUCUCCCGCCUCCCUGCCUCUCUUUGGGUCGGGUUUUGGCAUGGGGGAUAGUGGUGGUUGCAGCAGGAGGGGGUGGGGAGGGGGUGGGCCGGCAGUGGCAGCUGCUGCUGUGGGUGCCAAGUGGGGCGGAGUGGGGAGGGCAAGGGAGAGGGAAGAGGGGCUAGGAGGAGGAGAUCAUUUGGUGGAUUUGCUAACGGAUGGGAGAGGCGGGGUGCAAGGGGUGGGGGAGCAGCAGCAGUGGCAGGUGGCGGGGUGGGGGUUGACAGGAGAGCAGAGGCAGCUGGUGCUGGUAGCCGCUGAAUUGGUAUCAGAGCCGUCGCUGCUACUGCUGGACGAGCCGUUUGAUGCGUUGAGUGAGGAGGGCACACGCACGCUCGUGCGCGUGUUGCUGCAGGAGGCGUCGAGAGGAGCGGCGGUGGCGGUGGCUGCGGCGAGGCCGAGCUUCAAGACGUUCCAGGCGUUUCAUGAUGCGAUUCUGCUCACUGCUGCUGGCGCCACGGCGUUUCACGGGUGCGUGGAUAACGUACAGAGCCAUUUCGAAGGUCUAGGGUUCUUGCUACCGGAUCGGGCCGACCCUGUGGAUUACUAUUUGGAUGUGCUGCGAGGCUCGGAGAAGUCCGAUGCUCUGCCGAACCUCACGCCGGCUGGGUUGGCACUGGUGUGGCAGGAGAGGUCCGGGACGGGCCGUGGGAAGGAGGGCGGGGAGGGGGGAUUGGGGGAGUGGGGAUCGGAGGAGGGGCGGGGAGAGGGGGAGGAUGGGGAGGUGGUGGUGGGGAUGGGGGACGAGGAGGGGGAGGGAGAGGAGGAUGAUGAGGGGGACGAGGGGGGAAUGGGAGGGGAGGAGGAGGAUGAUUCAGACGAUGGGGAACUCGGUAGAGGGGAUUAUGCUGGUGGUGCUGCUGGUGCUGGUGGUCGCGGUGGUGGUGGUGGUGGGGUGGGGGGAAGGGGUUUCAUUCUUAGUCCGGCCUGGGAUAGGCUGGGAGGAAGGACAGAGCGAAGGGGGUUCGGAGGAGGGGGAGGGGGAGGAACGGGAGGCAGAGCAGUGGACCUGUGGCGGCGAGUGGGGAGUGGAAGCAGCAGCAGGAGAGUAAGGCGGAGGAACAGUGGGAGCAGCGGGGGACGGAGGCAUUUAUCGGGAUUGCUGUCAGCUGGGAGAGGUGUGUACACACGAGGGUCUGAUGACCCGUAUUGGGCAGAGAGGGAGGAGAAGGAGAGGGACCAGAGAGGUGCUGCGACGGUGGCAGUGGCUGUGGCUGCAGGGAGAGGGAGCGGGUUUGGGCAAGGAGGGGGAGUAGGCGGAGGGAGGGACGGGUUGGGGGGGAAGCGGGCGCUGAAGAGUGCGCCGCUGCUGCUGGUGAAUGGGCUUGGCGGGGCGAGAGUGGGGGGGCAAGGGGGGGGUGGGUUUGGGGGGGAGAGUGAAGGGCGGCUGUCGAGUGUCCACCAGUCGUUUGAGAGAGCUAGUGUGGGGGGUGCGGGGGAGAGUGAGGAGAAGUGGGGGGGUGCGAGAGACGAGGAGGGAGGAGGGGAGGUGGAGAUGGGGGAAGGGUGGAGAGGAGGGGAGGGACAGGGACUCUCAGAAGGGGGGAGAGAGAGAGGAGAGGGGGAGGGGGGAGACUUGACGGAAAGGGAGAGAGAGGGAGGAGGAGGAGGAGGAGGAGGAGGAGGAGGAGGAGGAGGAGGAGGAGGAGGAGGAGGAGGAGGAGGAGGAGGAGGAGGAGGAGGAGGAGGAGGAGGAGGAGGAGGAGGAGGAGGAGGAGGAGGAGGAGGAGGAGGAGGAGGAGGAGGAGGAGGAGGAGGAGGAGGAGGAGGAGGAGGAGGAGGAGGAGGAGGAGGAGGAGGAGGAGGAGGAGGAGGAGGAGGAGGAGGAGGAGGAGGAGGAGGAGGAGGAGGAGGAGGAGGAGGAGGAGGAGGAGGAGGAGGAGGAGGAGGAGGAGGAGGAGGAGGAGGAGGAGGAGGAGGGGGUGCUGUGGUGACAUUGCCACGUGCGCUGUCCUCUGGUUCUGAUGACCCGGUGUCUGUGCGGUGCUAUGGGCUGCCGUGUGGACAGAACGCCGUGCAGCAACAGCAGCAGGAGGGGGAGACGGGGGACGAGGAGCGGAUGGAGGGAGGGGCAGUAGGUGGCAUUCCCUUAGAGUUCUUUCUAGAUAGGAGUAACAACCAUAACAAUGUCAGUGCCAAUGAUGAGGCGGAUGAGCUGAAGGGGCGAGACAGGGACGGGAAGGAGGGCGCAGGGGGGAAGGGGGAAGGAGCGGGGAGGCAGGGUGGGCCGCGCGGGGUGCUGGGGAGUGUGGGGAUGGUGAUGGGGGAGGUGGUGAGGGAGGGGAUGGAGGAGGUGCGGUGGCAGGCGGUGGUGCAAUGGGAGAGGGCGAGGGCGCUGCUAUGGUGGCGGCGGGUGAAGGAUCUGUCGGACCGAACGAGGACGGGAGCAGGCCGGCAGUUUGGAGCGGUGCUGGGCAGGAGUGUGAGGGAGUAUUCCCGUGCAGCGCCCUUCAUCCUCUCAGCUCUCCUCCUUGCGCUCACUGCCGUCCUCGCCCUCGCUGCGCUCUGGUCGCUGCUGCUCACCUCGCUCCCCUCGCCCUCCGCCCUCCUCCAACCCGCCGCCGACCUCUGCCUUGUUCUUGUGCUCUCCUCCGUGCUCGUGCCCCUCGCCUCGCCCCUACUUGCCAUCACAAGCAUAGCACCCAUCGCCUCCUCGCUCAACAUCCCCCCCAUCCUCCCCUUCCUCGCUGCUGACCUCCUCUCCACCCUCCUCCUCGCCCUCCUCCCGCUGCUCCUCCUCCCUCCGCUCCUCCUCUUCUUCCCAUUCUCCGCCAUCCUCGCCUCCUUUGGCCCCUCGCUUGCGGUGGCCCUCUGUCUCGUGCUCUGCUCCUCGGGCCUGCACACGUUUCUUCUCAGCUUCCUCUCCCGCCGCAAAGCAGCAAUGGCCGCCCUGGUGCUGUGCCUAGCAGCGUACUUUGCGACGCUGGUGCCGGUGGCGCGGGCAGCGCGCAGUGGGGGAGUGAGGGCGUGGCUGCAGUGGCUCAGCUUCCUGCAGUGGGCCGUCAAGGGGCUGCUGGCAGGGGCCGUCAGCAACCAAUUCACAGGAGUGUGGUUGCCGGUGCGGUGUGCGUUCACAUCAGCCAUGCAGUGGAGCGUGGUGGGUUUACGUGAACGGAGGUUUGAGUUGAGACGUCUCAAAGCUGCUGCUCUGGCACUGGCUGUGGUGCUGCUGCGACUGAUGGGGUAUGUCAUUGUUGCUGCUAGAGGAGCCUGGGGGCCCGGGCCUGGGCAGUUUGCUCUGGGCAGUUUGCUUAAAUGGAGCUGGAGUGAGGUGGAAGAGAGGCUGAAGGAGGGCUGA